GGAAGAGCCAGCAACAUGGCGUCGGGGGGCGGCGCGGGGCUGCAGCAGCCGCCGCAGGAGAUGAUGGAGGUUGACAGAAGGGUCGAGUCCGAAGAGUCCGGUUAUGAGGAGGGGAAGAAACACGGAGCGGGCCUGGUGUCGGACCUCAGUCAGCAGAGUCUCCGAGAUGACAGAACCUCGAACAACCCCGAAGAAGAGUCUGAGCUCCCAGUGGAUAUGGAGACCGUUCACUUGGAUGAAGAUGCCGAGGAUAUUGAUCUCAAUCAUUAUCGAAUUGGGAAAAUUGAAGGAUUCGAAGUGCUGAAGAAGGUGAAGACCCUCUGCCUCCGUCAGAACCUCAUUAAGCGUAUCGAGAACUUGGAAGAGCUUCAGAGCCUCCGUGAGCUGGACCUGUACGACAACCAGAUUAGGAAGAUUGAGAACCUGGAGGCGCUGAGGGACCUCGAGACUUUAGACAUUUCUUUUAACCUUCUGCGAAGUAUUGAAGGCAUAGAUCAGCUCACCCAGCUGAAGAAGCUUUUCCUGGUCAACAAUAAAAUCAACAAAAUUGAAAACAUUAGUAACCUCCAGCAAUUGAAGAUGCUAGAACUUGGAUCUAAUCGAAUCCGGGCCAUCGAGAACAUUGACAGCUUGACCAAUCUCGACAGUCUGUUCUUGGGAAAGAAUAAGAUCACCAAGCUCCAGAAUCUGGAUGCCCUCAGCAACCUCACGGUGCUCAGCAUGCAGAGCAACCGGCUGACAAAAAUCGAGGGCCUGCAGAACCUGGUAAACCUUCGGGAGCUCUACCUCAGCCAUAAUGGCAUCGAGGUCAUCGAGGGCCUGGAGAACAAUAACAAACUCACAAUGCUGGACAUUGCAUCAAACAGGAUCAAAAAGAUUGAAAACAUCAGCCACCUAACUGAACUACAGGAAUUCUGGAUGAAUGACAAUCUCAUCGAGAGCUGGAGUGACUUGGACGAGUUAAAGGGAGCCAAGCACCUGGAGACAGUUUACCUGGAGCGGAACCCUCUGCAGAAGGACCCCCAGUACCGGCGUAAAAUCAUGCUGGCCCUCCCCACCAUCCGGCAGAUCGAUGCCACCUUUGUGCGGUUCUGAGCCUCGCCUCCCCUCCCCUUCCUCCCCUGCAGCGCCGGCCACGGGCUUUUUAAUCCACCUCCUGCUCCCUGAGUCUUCAACUGACCAACAGCUACCAAUGGCCAAUAAAAAACCACUGGAUGAUCACAUAACAUGUAUGACGCACCCUCCUACAAUUGUUUUUUUGAGAUGUUAUAUUAUUAAAUCUUGCAACAUGA